AUGGAUCAGUUCAUUAUCUCAAUUGGUGCAAAAAUUAGUGAAUAUACAGUUGCACCAGUUGUUCAUGGAUUGGGUUAUUCCUGCCACUACAAAACAAAUGUAGACAACCUUAAGACGCAAAUUCAGCUAUUGGAAGGUGCAAAAGACCGCGUGCAACAUUCGGUUGAUGAGGCUACAAGAAACGGUGAGGAAAUUGAAGCUGAUGUUCAUAAUUGGUUGAUCGGGGUAACCAACGUUUCUAAAAAUGCUGAAGAUUUUUUAAAACAUGAAGACCAUGCGAAUCCCUUGUGUUCUUGCAAGCUCUUUCAAAUGUUGGUCUCAAGGCAUAAGCUAAGCAAGAAAGCAGAGACCAUGGCUAAGGCUGUUGAUACUGAAAUCAAACUUGCAACCACAAUAUUAUCCCAAAGGGUUUCUUAUGCUGUCCCUCCAGAGGGUGUCAUUGAAGUCGGACAUGGUGGCUACAUGACUUUUGAUUCAAGAAUCUACACCAUCAAGAAAAUUAUGGAUGCUUUAAGAAAUCCUAAUAUUAGGAUGAUUGGCUUGUAUGGUAUGGGUGGUGUCGGUAAAACCAUGCUUGCCAAAGAGGUUGCUAGACAAGCCAAGGAAGAGAAGUUAUUCAAUAAGACGGUCAUUGUCUCUAUAUCCCAAACUCCAGAUGUUAAAAAGAUUCAAAAGGAAAUUGCAGAGCAUCUAAGCCUAAAACUUGAUGAGGAAAGCAUAUCUGUUAGAGCAGAACGACUAUCUCGUCGACUGGGGCAAGAAACGAAGAUCCUCCUAGUUCUAGAUGAUGUCUGGAAGAAAUUGGAGCUGCAUGAAGUGGGAAUUGCUUUUGGUAAUGACAAGAACGGAUGCAAGAUACUGCUCACCUCAAGGUUUGAAGAUGUGGUGCAGAGUGAAAUGGGAGCUGAGAAGAUAUUCUUGCUUGGAGUUUUAUAUGAUAAUGAAGCAAAAGAUUUGUUUGGAAAAAUUGUGGGGGAUUCAAUGAUGAAGAACCCCGAGUUCCAACCUUUGGCAAGCGAUAUUAUCAAAGAAUGCGAAGGCUUACCAAUUGCUGUAGAAACGGUUGCAAAUGCAUUGAAGAACAGAAAAUCUCCUGUAUGGGAAAAUGCCUUGCAAGAGCUAAGAAGGUCUGUUCCAACUAACAUCAAGGGCAUGCACGAAAAAGUCUAUUCCAGUAUAAAGCUGAGUUAUAACUAUUUAGAAAGUGAUGAAGCAAAGUUGAUGCUGCUAUUUAUUGGUUUAUAUCCAGAAGAUUAUUACAUAGCCUUUAUCACCUUCUUCAUAUGUGGCAUUGGAUUGGAAUUAUUUCAAGGAAUCAAAGGAUUAGAACAGGCUGAUAACAAGGUGGUUACACUGGUUGAGAGUCUAAAGACUUGUUGUUUUCUGUCGGAUGGUCCUCUCCCUCGUACAGUCAGAAUGCAUGAUGUAAUUCAAGAUGUUGUCAUCUCAAUUGGGUCCCAGGAAAAGCAAAUGUUUUGCUUUAGAAAUUAUGAUCCGGAGGUGGAAGACAGUAAAAAACUCAAAGAUGCAACCGCAAUUUCACUGCUGUAUAGCACUGAUGAUUCUCGACUUCCUGAAAGGUUAAAAUGUCCGCAACUCAACUUUCUUUUAGUGCUGUGCUAUGAUCUAUCUCUAUGGAGUGAUCGUUAUUCCCAAAUGUCAAACCAUUUUUUUGAAGAAAUAAAGGAUCUUAGAGUUCUAGAGUUGUUUCGUUUGUGUUUAACAACUCUGCCUAUAUCAUUUUGUUUCCUUCAAAAUCUUCAAAGUCUAGGUGUGUACGAUUGUGACUUAGGAGAUGUGGCUUUGAUUGGAGAGUUGAAGAGUUUGAAAAUUCUUGUUAUUUCUGGCUCUAAUAUUGUGGAAUUGCCGAAACAAAUAGCGCAACUGACUCGUCUACAGUUAUUAUGGGUGAAUCGUUGUUCCAAACUUGAAGGGAUCGAACGCAAUGUCAUAUCAAGUUUAAUACGUUUGGAAGAGUUGGAUUUCAAAAAUGGCUUUACAAAAUGGGAUAUGGAUGGAGUCAAUAUUGACAGAAGAAAUGCUAGUCUUAUUGAGUUAAAGAAUUUGUCUCUAUUGAGCACCUUACGUAUACACAUACCGGAUUUUAACAUUGUGCCAAAAGGCUUGUUUUCUAUGAAGUUGAGAAGAUAUGAAAUAAAAAUAGGACGAUUUCGGAUGCACAUCUUACAUGAUAUUUAUAAAAUGAUAUAA